AGCAGAAUUAAAAAUAUAUUUUUUACAAUUACAUGUAUUCUUUUCUAAAAUGAACAGUUAGAGGAAAAAAAAAUGUAUUUCAUCAUCCUAGGCAUUAAGAACAUCUAAAUAUUAUUGGAAACCGGGACUUUAAAAUCUAUUCCAAAAUGUUUUCUAUGACAGUGACGCUUUUCUCAAAACUUUAUUUCAGCAAGCAAUUUACCAUUACGGCAAACAAUAACGAAUUACGCGAGAGCCGCAACAUUUACAAGUGAGUCAGGUGUAGUCCAAUAGUUACGAAUUUUCGAUAUCUCAAUUGUGCAUUUGUAAUUUUAAUUAAGCCGGUUAGCAUCACAAGUUCGGAGCGAAUGGGCUACAGACAAUGACGCACUUCCGGUUGUCAAACUUACCAAGCGCCUUGCAGUUGAAGAGGACGCUGGGAUCAUAAACGGAUCGCAACAAGGUGGUUGUUUAUUCACUUCAAGUCGCUGUCUUGGCUUACGCAUACCAUCAGAAUUAUUCAGGCUCAAGGAGAAAGCGGCCUAUGAGGAGAUUUUGCACUCCAGCCGGCAAUAGCAGUCCAGCACCAUGUCUUUUAUUUUUGACUGGCUCUACAGAGGCUUCAAUAGCGUCCUGCAACUGUUAGGACUGUACAAGAAGUCUGGCAAGUUGGUGUUCCUUGGAUUGGACAACGCUGGCAAAACCACAUUACUGCACAUGCUCCGAGACGACAGGCUGGGCCAGCACGUACCCACGCUGCACCCAACAUCCGAGGAGCUGACUAUUGCGGGAAUGACUUUUACCACGUUUGACCUGGGGGGUCACACACAAGCAAGACGCAUCUGGAAGAACUACCUCCCAGCCAUAAACGGCAUCGUUUACAUGGUGGACUGUGCUGAUCAUGAGCGACUGGCAGAGGCGAAAGUGGAGCUGGAUGCGCUUUUGACCGAUGACACCAUCUCCAAUGUGCCGGUUCUCAUUCUGGGAAACAAAAUCGAUCGUCCGGAGGCCAUCAGCGAGGAUGCGCUGCGAGGGAUGCUCGGUCUGCACGGACACACGACUGGAAAGGGCAAAGUCUCACUGAAGGAGCUGUAUUUAAGGCCGAUGGAGAUUUUUAUGUGCAGCGUGCUGAAGAGACAAGGAUACGGAGAAGGAUUCCGCUGGCUGUCCCAAUAUAUUGACUGAUCCAAAGGAAACUGAUCCAAAUUUCAAUGCUGAUUUACAAAACAAUACGAGAUAUUCUAUUUAUGUACCAGUAUGAUUUGGACUGUCUUAACUGGGGAUGCAUUUAAGGUUGUGGACAAUGUAUUCUUUCAUCAUACUACAGCAUGUUAAAGUCGUUUUUUGAGUGAAGCCAAGGAUCCUCAUGCUGUGCCCCCCCCCUCCUUUGGAUGCCAGAGAGAAAGUGUCAUUAACAGUGAGUCAGCUUCUGACCCGCUGCUUAUUUUUAGCAGCUGGUUUUGACUUACACCAAAGGUCGGUUUGUUUCAAGUUUUGCGGGUUGUGUGAAGACACACACCGGUGCCACUGAAGCACGUUGAACUGUGGAUCUAAUUACUCACUUGAAAUGUAUGCAAGGUUUUUUGGGGGGGGUGAGUUUGAAAACAGGUUUUACCACUAAGAAUGCAAAUUGCUUUAAUUUACUCUUUUUUUUUUUUUUUUGCUGUGAGAUUCACUACGACAGCCCAGUGUUAUAUAGUUGAAGUUUACAAUGAAGGUGGUACAGAAUAUGUGACGUGGAUAAUUCCUUCGACAAGACCGGAGUACUUUGUGAUGAAUAGCUGCUCACCACAUGCAGUGAUAUUAUGAGAGUACUUCCGUGGCGGUGCUUAAACAGUUAGGCAAUAAAAAAAUAUCUGUGCAAUAAAAAAUAUAUAUCUGUGAAAGUAAUGGUUGCUGUAUUGUUAAAAUAUUAUUUGUACAUAAUUAGGUAUUAUUUAUAUACUUACGUCAUGCUCUGAAGUUGUUACAAAAGGUGGGUCAAAUUGUCAUUCAA